AUGGCACCGAACGAUCACACCACGAAGUUAAAAGCAAUCGCCAACAAGGCUGUCAAGCAUCCAGACACUCCUGGAGCGCAAAAGAAAGAGCCUCCCCAAGGCAACACAAAAGAAGUUACCCCCAGCAGAACCAUUGGGCAACCCCAGGCCAAGGACGCAGCCAAACCAACAGAGACACCGCAGUCCCAAGCACGCCACGCAGACGCAGUAGUACCUCCCGCUUCCAACCCUGCACCUUCCGAAGCACACUGGCAUGAAAUGGACCAUGUAUUGAGAUUGACGAAGCGAACCCCCGCGCGUUCAAGUGCGCGCUAUGUCGGCAGUGGCAUACGGCGCGGUGCCCUUGGUUGA